UGCACUUCUUGCUAAGGGACUAUAGCAACACCUUAGCUGCAAGUAUUGAUUUUCUUUGAGCUCCGCAAUUUUUCAACAAAUAAAGAAAUCGUGAGAAACGUGAACUUUUAUAUAUUUUGACACUUUAGCCGUAAUGUUAAAUGAAUAAGUUGUAAAUCAUAAGUGAACACAAAAUGUCCGAAAACUUAAAAUUACUAAAGCAAGGAGCGGAGGCGAAAUUGUUUGUAUGCAAAUAUCUCGGAAAACCGACUUUGAUUAAGGAAAGAUUCAAGAAAAACUAUCGCCACCCUGAUUUAGACUCUACAAUCACAAAAGAGAGGAUUAAAAACGAAGCACGAUCAAUAUUAAGAUGUAUUUUAGCUGAAGUGAAAACACCGGCGCUGUAUCUGGUUGAUUUCGAAAGACGUCGUAUUUACAUGGAACAUAUGGAGAUCAGUAUUACGGUAAAAGAUUUUAUUAUAACCGUUGUAAAGAAUGUAAAAGAGAACGAGGAUGUUUUAAACUUCAUUGCCAACGUAAUUGGUGAAUCUGUGCGUAAAAUGCACGAUAAUAACAUUAUACACGGCGAUUUGACAACUUCGAAUAUGUUGUUAGUCGAAAAAACACCGUCUAGAAUUAAAGGUGAUAGUAAAUGGUUGAACCAUGAUAAUCUGGAGUUGGUGAUGAUAGAUUUUGGCCUAUCAUACAUAGAUUCCAGUGCGGAAGACAAGGGUGUGGAUUUAUAUGUUCUUGAAAGAGCUUUUAUAAGUACACAUAAUAAUUAUCCAAAGUUAUUCGAUAAAUUUCUCGAAUACUAUAAAAGUUACAAUAAAAACAAUAUAAAGGAAAUAUUGAAUAAAUUUGAAGAAGUCAGAGCGAGGGGCAGAAAGCGAACAAUGGUCGGCUAAAAAAGAAGACUUAACGGACUAACUGUUUUCAACCAAAAAUUUAAUACAAAAACAUAGCUGUCUCAAUUUUUAGAAUGAUAAAAAGAGAUAGAUAUGUUUUUGGAUGAAUGUUUUAGUAGUAGGUUCCCAUUUUAAUCACAUAGCUGUAUAAAAAACAGUACAAAAAUACAAUUGAAUAUGAUAAAUGAAAUAACAAAAAACGUAACUCGAAAGAUGUUAGUUAUUCAAUAAUUUCUCUUCUACAGUAUAUUGUAUAACAAAGGAGUCUUUUGUAAAUAAUAUUAAUCAAAAUUAGUGACAACAUAUUUCAUUGUACAACCCUUCAUUAUUCAAGUAGAUGUAUUACGGAAGUAAUUUAGUGUUAGAAGACAUUAAAGUCUUGUUAGAAUUA